AAAACGCAUGGUCCGUGUGUUUGUAUCUGUGGGUCACGACUUGAGUGUUUCUCGAAUUUUGGUCUGAGUCAAUUUGGGCGCCAAGGCCGCAAGAGUGGCACAACUUUUUCAAAAACACCAUGUUUACGAUGACUUAAUAUUCAACAACAACGUAUAAGAUGGCUUCUAUUUUUAUGACUCGGGGCUAGUAUUUUGCUUUCUCUACCUUUCCAUCUUUUUUGCAUACCCGUACGGUAUCGCGUUGUGAUAUCGCAGGCCUCGACGUCUAACGUAAAAGUGGCAUCGCAACCGGUAAUACGCCGCAGUCAACACCAACAACACCCACAACAACACCUACAACACCUACAACCAGGUAUAAAAUGGUAUAUUUUAUAUCUGGGGCUAAUAAUUUAAUUGCCCCAGCAUUGUCGUCUUUUUUUUUUUAUACCCGUACGAUCUCGUUGCGUGUUGCGGCUAUCGCGUUGCAACGCGUGUUGCGACCGGUGUUGCGGCUAAUAUUAGCCACUUUUAUCAAUACCACAACAACAUCCACAACACCUGCAACCACGUAUAAAAUGUUUUAAGGGUUAUUAUUCAAUUGCCCGAACAUUUUCGUUUCUUUUUUAUACCCGUACGACCUUGUCGCGUGUUGCGGCUACCGCGUUACGGCUACCGCGUUGCAACCGGUGUUGCGACCGGUGUUACGCCUAAUAUUGGCCACUUUUAACACCCCCGAGAGGCUUAAAACGUAUAGAUUUAAUCGAUAAACUUAGGGGUAAAAACGACCAAAUUGACUUAGACCAGUAAUGCGAAAUUUUUUUGUGAGGGUAAGUUAAGGGUAUGAUUGGUCAAAAAAUGAUGUGGCUAAAAGGGUACAACGAGAGGAACCAAAAUUUCGCAUCUGGUCUGAGCUACUGAGAUAAAACCCGGUCCAGAACUGUGAUUGACCCGGAACGAGACUCAUGCUUUCUCCCUGUAUUAUACACUAUAGAAAUAUAUUCGCCGUCACGAAUGCUGGGAAUCCUAUCUGUAUGAAGUGCUUUUAAUGACUUUAACAUUGUAGUGUUAUUUUUGCCAGUGCAGUCGAGGUGUCAAGCCUUCACUUUUAAACAAGUCAUGGCGAGUCUAGAAAUUUUUCUUCUUAGUCUUCUCGGGCUUCUAUCAACAGGACAAUAGGGAUUAAGUUAACAUGAUCCCGAGUGUGCGCUAGAAGUUCUGUGUUUUAUUUCCGCGGGAACUUAAAAAGGGGGGAAGGAUAAGAC